UAGCCGGUGGUGUUGCGAUAUGACCCCGCGCGCACGGAGCACAUCGGGCCGUUUCCGCUCGCAGCUUGUUCGUGUCCGGCUUCCAGUGAGACGUGCGUCCGAGGAGUGAGGCGGCGGCUCCGGCACGGAUACGCGGGAAUAUGACUUUGCCGAAGGGGGCGAGUCGCUGGGUGUCCGGGUAGCAGGCGGAGGAACACGUUUCUUAUUUCUGCAUGUAGGGAAUCCUGCUGUGCGCUGCAGCUGCUCCUCUACUCUGAUGCCGGGUGCUUUGGGAAGAAAAGAUGCAGCAGAAGCGGAACAUACAGAUCAUCGAAUGGGAGGACUUGGACAAGAGGAAGUUCUACUCCUUCGGAGUGUUCAUGACCAUGACCAUCCGGGCCACGGUCUACCCGGCAACGCUCAUUCGCACACGACUCCAGGUGCAGAAGGGCAAGUCGCUCUACAACGGCACGUUUGACGCUUUCUUUAAGAUCCUGCGGGCCGAGGGCGUGCGUGGUCUCUACCGCGGCUUCAUGGUCAACACGUUCACGCUCAUCUCGGGCCAGGCCUACAUCACCACCUACGAACUGGUGAGGAAGUACGUGUCCAGCUACUCGACCGACAACACGCUCAAGUCACUGGUGGCUGGUGGCUCUGCCUCCCUGGUGGCGCAGAGCAUCACGGUCCCCAUCGACGUCGUCUCCCAGCAGCUCAUGAUGCAGGGCCAGGGGGCGCACCUCACACGCUUCAAGGUCAAGCCCAAGAUGGCCGUAGCAGCCGGCAAGCACAGGGUGACUUUCGGGCAAACAAGGGACAUCAUCGCCCAGAUCUUUGCCGCUGACGGCUUCCGUGGCUUUUACAGAGGAUACGUGGCGUCACUUCUCACCUACAUCCCCAACAGCGCCGUCUGGUGGCCUUUCUAUCACUUCUACGCAGAGCAGCUCUCCAAACUGGCUCCCAGCGAGUGCCCCCACCUGCUCCUGCAGGCCGUGGCGGGCCCUCUGGCAGCUGCCACCGCUUCAACGGUGACCAAUCCCAUGGAUGUGGUCAGGGCCAGAGUGCAGGUGGAGGGGAGGAGCUCUGUCAUCCAGACCUUCAAGCAGCUGCUAGCAGAAGAGGGCUUCCUGGGAAUGACCAAAGGUCUGUCAGCCCGCAUAAUUUCCUCCACUCCCACGGCUAUCGUCAUCGUGGUGGGCUACGAGACGCUGAAGAAACUGAGCCUACGGCCGGAGCUUGUGGACUCCAGGCACUGGUAGAACGGGAACAGCACCUGCUGCCGUCGCCUGCCUGUCUGCUUCUGUUGCCCUUUCAAAACUGCGUUGCCUUGUGACAUUUCAGAGUGACAGUGAAAUGAGGUCUUUUAUUUUUGUUGACCAGCUCUUUAUCUGUUUUAAGAUGUCUGUGGGGGUUUUUUUAAUAUAGUAAAGUCAUACAGAUGUAUGACAUUUUAAAGUAAGCAGUUGUGUGCAUAUGAAAAGGGGUAGAUUAACAUGUAAGAUAGUGUGUAAAAUUUAUAAAUUUAAAGGUUAAUCUGCUAACAGUGUGUUUACGAGAAAAGGAGCUGUUAUGUCUGGUGGAGUUGAACCACCGUUCUGUGCAGGGAGGCCAGAGGACUGAAGUUAUUGGCUGAAAGUCCAGUCGCUGGCAUCGGUGGUCCAGCCGUAAGAUUUUGCGAGAAGUGGGCAGGGCCAAAGCAAAGAUGAGCACUGUUUGAAAUUUGAAUGUGCAGAAGCACAGCAGUGUCAGCUAGGAGAGCACAUGCCACACUUCCCAGCCUUCACGCCGAACCCUGGGGUACCGGGUACGACAUUCAUUUAAUGGACCACCUCUCUGUAGAACUUUUUGACACAUUCCUCCUGCUGAUGCUCAUGACUUUUAGAUUUUUGUCCAAUCCCGAAGAGACAAUCAUGGAUGCCGAGUCAGUAGUUGGAAAGGCCGAUGUUUUCGGAUAGAAAAACGGCGCAAGUGUAAAAUGUUGUAAAUAUUAAAUGUUAAAUAUUAUGUGUGGUGGAUAAAGUCAUGUUUGAGCAACUGCAGCUCACAGCAGUACAGGCUGUUGAUCAGGUUCUUGGUGAUUUAUGCCAGUCUGUGCUAACAGAGUGGGAAUGAAGCAUACGGUGUGUGACAGGCGGGGAGCGCAAAUAACAUGUAAACUUGAGCAAAGUUCAACAUCGCUGCUUUCUGGAAACGUAAGUCUUAUGUUGCAGGAGAUCUAUGAAGAUAAUUUUGCAAGGAUGGUUAAUAUAAAGAGCAAAAACUAAAUGCGAGGAGAUGCGUCUAAUUGUCAUUUGGCUAAAAUUUGACUGGUUCUGUUAUCUCUAAUGUAUAAUUAAUCUGAGCUGUUGGUAUGAGGGACUCUACAACUUGAAAAGACCACCCCCCCCUUCCCUUCCUAGAACCCUGCUUGCCCCCCCAGGUGUUUGACACAGCCUUGGAAAACAACCGUCAACGUAAACCCAUAUCUUACCUCUCUGUGGACAGGUCUCACUGUUUUGUGAUUCCAGAGCUUUCACUGGAGUGGAGUCUCACCGCUUCCCGUCUUCAGCUGGGGCAGAUUGUGUUUUUCACUGUAGUAACACCCUUUACCCUGUAGGGGGUGCAAUUACAUUACAUAGAGGUUUUUUUUUUUUUUUUUAAAUAAAACACUCCUAGUGUCUUUGCCCUUGUCUCUCUGCUCAAGUGCUUUUACUUCACAGUAAUGAAAGACUAACAGGCUCCUGUAGGUGUUCGGCUCACGUGUCCAUGAAGUCUCUGAAAUUGUGCUCAUUCUUUCCUGACAGACUGAGCUUUUUUCCCCCAUUUUAAUAAAACUGCUUUUAAAAAAAAAAAAAAAAGAGCCUUGCAUGUUGCUGUCCAAGUCUCCUAUGCGCCUGCUCUGUUCAAAAAGUUGGAGUAAGGUCAGAACUUACGUUACCAGAGACUAGGUACUUUACCACAGCUAUUAUUGAGUUUCUCAGUUUUCCAAUAAAAAGGAAGGGAGUUGAAGACAUUUUCAAAGUUAUAGUGGCCAGAGACCCCACCAUUAACUUUUGUCCCCCCCAGAGAACAAAAA